CCCGCUGAGGGGAAGGUCGGGCCGGGGAUGAGAGCGGAGGCCGCCUCCCUGUUUUUCCCUUCCGGGCCCCGCCGCCGGAUGGGCCGGGAUGAGGUAGCGACCCCCGCCCCCGGAGACCAUGAGGCUCCGCAUCUACAAGAGGAAGGUGCUGAUCCUGACGCUGGUGGCGGCCGCCUGCGGCUUGGUCUUCUGGACCAGUAACGGGCGGCCGAGGAAGAAUGAGGCCUUCGCCCCGCCGGUGGUGCAGGACGGGGAGACCCCCAACGGCGGCCCCGUCGGCGGCGGCGGCGGCGGCGGCGGCCUGCGCCGGCUGGCCAACGACUCAGCGGCGGCGAACAACCUGACGCUCGUCUACCGCUCCCUGGUCUACCAGCUGAACUUCGACCAGCCCCUGCGGAACGUGGGGCCCGUCGUCGGGCCCGGUCCCCCGGGCGACCUGGUCGUGGUGGUCCAGGUGCACAACCGUCCCGAGCACCUCCGCCUCCUCCUCGACUCCCUCCGCCGGGCCCGGGGCAUCGGCCACGUCCUGCUCAUCUUCAGCCACGACUUCUGGUCCCGGGAGAUCAACCAGCUGGUGGCCGGCGUGGACUUCUGCCCCGUCCUGCAGGUGUUCUUCCCCUUCAGCGUGCAGCUGUACCCCGACGAGUUCCCGGGGCACGACCCCAAGGACUGCCCCCGGGACCUGGAGAAGGCGGCGGCCCUGAAGCGGGGCUGCCUCAACGCCGAGUACCCGGACUCCUUCGGCCACUACCGGGAGGCCCGGUUCUCCCAGACCAAGCACCACUGGUGGUGGAAGUUGCACUUCGUCUGGGAGAGGGUCAGGGUGCUGCGGGACUACGAAGGCCUCGUCCUCUUCGUGGAGGAGGACCACUACCUGGCCCCCGACUUCUACCCCGUCCUCAAGAUGAUGUGGGAGAAGAAGCGUCGAGAGUGUCCGGACUGCGACGUCCUGUCCCUGGGGGCCUACGCCUCGCCCCGCGGCUUCGCCGGCCACGGCGACAAGCUGGAGGUGAAAACCUGGAAGUCCACGGAGCACAACAUGGGCCUGGCCCUCACCCGCCAGGCCUACGGCGACCUGAUCCGCUGCACGGACGCCUUCUGCACCUACGACGACUACAACUGGGACUGGACGCUGCAGUACUUGACCAGCGCGUGUCUUCCGAAGUUCUGGAAGGUGCUGGUCCCCGAAGUCCCCCGGAUUUACCACGCCGGAGACUGCGGCAUGCACCACAAGAAACCCUGCAGGCCGGCCACCCAGAGUGCCAAAAUCGAAUCGCUCUUGAACGGUAACCGACGGUACCUCUUUCCCGAAACUCUCAGCAUCAGUAAGAGGUACUCCGUGGCCGCCAUCUCCCCGCACGUGAAGAACGGAGGCUGGGGAGAUAUCAGGGACCACGAGCUCUGUAAGAGUUACCGCCGACUGCAGUGAAAAAAAAAACCACACCGCGAACGUCAGACGACGGGCCUCUUGGUUUGGAGCGUCUUGGCCUCGAGGGCGGACGACUGUAACGCAGGGUUUAGGGACUGGUUUCUGCUUUAAUACGAAUAAACGUUCUUCUAAAAGGCGUCCAAAAAUAGUCAUCUUUUCCAAUCAGCUCUAGCUCUGGGAAUUAAAAAAAAAUUCCGACGGGACGGGUCGUGGGGUUUCCGGAGCGGCAUUUAAAGGCUCGACACCCUCUUCCCCUCUCCACCCCCAGUUUGCCGGAAAGUAACCACGGUUCUGUUCACUGAAAACAAAGCAAAUGAUCUUAUUAAAAAUGCGUCUCUUGAAACGUUUUUAUCUGGAACUUUAUAUGCUGUUUUCCACCUUCGGAAUCUUUGAAAAUCUAUGAAAGAUCAUUUUUCAGAAUGCUCCAGUAGGGGACAGCUAGGGUGUUCCUUCGCGGUUGUUAGAUUAUUAACAGAGCAAGCCCGGUUUCACUCUUGACACAGUUCUUUAGAUGGGCAUUGCCUCACUGGCUUCCUAACUUUUGAACAUUUCUCCGUGUUUGUUAAACAGUGCCAGAACAGCAGAGAUAUUUUGCACUAUUACGGGACUCUGUACUAUCGUGUUGAGCUUCGGAACAUUCACAAGAAGCUUUCUGGGAAUGUAAUUCGUUACGUUAUGAAAAGCUUAAACAUUGUUUUCCCUUUAAUGUAGAAAUAUUCAAUGCCUUUUUUUUUCGGUGCUGCCAAAAUAAAUCCACAUUUUUGUAUACAAA